AUGGAUCGUGGCAUCAGCGUGGAGAACCCCUAUGCCAGUGUCAGCAUCCCACGAGAGCAGUUCCAGCAAAGCUUCAUCACUCGCUACCUGAAGGACGAGCCCACCGUCAUCGCCAACCCUGCGGCCGUGCCCACCUACAGCGAGGAGAAGCAGGCAGACCCCACUGGCAGCUGGAACAGCUCACCCAUUUCCACAGAGAGGUCCUGGUCCCGUCCCUACAACCCCUAUGCCAGCCUGAGGAAUGGGGAAUCGGCCAACUCCUUCUAUACUGUCACCCUGGACAAGCCACCCAAGGGCCAGGAGCUGGGGACCGACGGGAGAUGCAGCUGCUGCAAGUGCUGCCCCUGCUUCAGAAAGUGCUGCUGUGUUGUCUCCUAA